UAAAACAAUGGAGAGACAACUUUGUAAAAGAACAGAGUGACAUGGGGGUAAACAUUGAACAACUGACUAAAAAACAAAAGCAGAAUUUUAAAAUCUUUAGAAAACAAAUGAGUGAACAAGAUAACAAAAUAAAGGAGCUGAACAAAGAAAUUGAAAGUUUUAAAGAAAAGGAAACCAAGUCAAACAAAACACUAGAGAAACUGUCUCUAGAUAUGAAAGAAUAUGAAAACAACUUACUCAAAAUAAAUAAAGAAAUACAAUUUUCCAUAGAUAAAACAGACAGUAUAACUGAUGAAAUUAAAAGACAUUCUGAAAUGAUUUUCUCUUUACAAGAAGAUAACAAUAAAAUGAUGGUCAAUACAUCAACCAAACUUGAAAAGUUGCAAUCAAAGCACAGUGUGAUGUACAAACUCCUACAACAACGAUUGAUGCCCAUUGACAAACUCAUUCAAAUCUUUAACCAGAACUUGGAAAAUAGUAAAGAAAAAAUUAAUAAGCUAGGUGAACUUGAAAAUAGUAUUUCCAAGUUGUCCAACGAUUUUCAUCGCAUCGAGUCACGUGUAUGUAACAGAUAUGCUUGUUAUGUGGAGCUUGCUAAUAACACACCUGUCAGUGUUGGAUCAAAUAUUUCAACAUUUGAUGAAGUACGUGAAUAUAACGGUCAACAUUUUAAUAAAACCACAGGAACAUUUAUAUCACCAGAUGAUGGUUUAUAUCUUGUCUGUGUCACUCUGAAUGAAAGUGAAGAUAAACAGAUUAGAGUUGGUGUGUUGGCUGGAGACAGAGGGUGUACGCCUAUAGAAGUGAAAUGUGCCGACACUAGCGCUGCUGGGUCAGUGGUUGUUGACAUGAAGAAAGGGGAAGAACUUUCCUUUGAAGUGUUGAAAGCAGAUCAAGACGCAGCUUUAUCCUGCUACAGUAGCUUUACUAUCGUUAGUUUAACGAAAUAAAACACAAAACAGGAUGGACAAUACAUUUUUAAAACACUAAAAUAUGUAACCACUAUUUUAAACACACGCUAACAACCUACUAUGUGUGUAGACUACAUGACUACAAAAAUAUGCUACUUGAUUAGUCGUCAUUACAUUGUUCCUUCUAAUUCAAUGUGAUCACCAAUUAAUAUGUUCUUCUUGAGUACAAUAAACAUAUAAAAUAAUUAUAUUUUUACAUAUAUUUUUUCUUUGUAUAUGGGCACUAAGCGAAACCUUUCGUGCGUUAAAAAAUGUAACAUAGUUUGUUUACCUAAAUAUUAAAUUGA